UCAGUUAAAAAGCAAUGCUAAUUUGCUUAAAAAUAAAUAAAUAAAUAUUCUAUUUCAUUUGCCAAAAUCACAUUGUCUCCUAUAUAUAUAUUUGCACCCUUCUCUACAAAUUUUUUCUAAAAAGAAAGAAAAAUGAAGCAUUCAUUAGUCCUAAUCUAUGCAUGUAUUUCUCUUCUUCUCUUCUUCCAUCCUUCGCUUUCCUGUCAACUCAUCCAUCAAACAUGCAAGAGAAUUGCAGACAAUGAUCCCAAUGUGAGCUACAAUUUAUGCGUCAUGAGCCUUGAAUCAAAUCCCAUGAGUGCAAAUGCGAGCCUUGAAGAACUUGGAGUCAUCGCGGUCGAGCUAGCCUUGUCUAAUGCGACAUACAUCAAUUGGUACAUUAGCAAUAAGCUUUUGCAGGAGAAAGGGUUUGAUCCAUAUGCCAAGGCUUGCCUAAAAGAUUGUCAUGAACUUUACUCCGACGCCAUCCCUGAGUUAAAAGAUGUGCUCGAUGAUUUUAAGGACAAAGACUACUACAAGGCUAAUAUAGAGUUGAGUGCGGCCAUGGAGGCGUCGACUACUUGUGAAGAUGGUUACAAGGAAAGGAAAGCUGUGUAGUAUUGAUCUAAUAUUGCUUCUUACUUCAGCUUCAUCUUUGGAGUCCUCUCAAUUAAACUAGGGUGCCUAUGCUGCUAAUCAGAUAGUGACGUUGCUUCAUCUAUGGCUUGUUUGACCAUCAAAGAAAUAAAUUAAAGGAGAGCUGCACUCCUAGGAAUAGUAUUAAUGGACCUAAGAUUUGAGCAACAUUUCUAUGUCAAAUGUUUCCUAAACAAUCAGUUCCAAAUUUAUAAUUUUGCACAAA